GUGCCCGGCCCCCGCCCGCGCAGCCGCGCCGCUCCGAAGCCGGCUGCGGUCACGCCGCUUGCCCGGGCGCUGGGGCUUCCGCGCCGGCCAGCCGGGGCCGGCGCACGCGAGUGGGAAACUUCUGCGGGCGCAUGGCCGGAGCUCGGCGCAGCGCCGGGGAGGAAAGGAAACAGAAAAACUUUGUGGACUAGAUCUUAAUCAGGAACUCAGAUGAACAUUAAGAAACUAGCAUGAGAUUCCUAGUUUUUCAAGAUCCAUACACAGCAGUCCUUUAAUCAACAACAACUUGUGUCCAGGCUUUUUGUGGUUUGUGAAGACUGAGCAAAACUCUGAUUAUGGAAAUACAAAGGACUUAAUUACUUGCCCCAAUGUCAUCUAAAGUCAACUGAAAAGUGAAGCAGACAGUAGCACAGCCAUGGAAAGAAAUUCAAGUUUAUGGAAGAACCUGAUAGAUGAACACCCAGUCUGCACAGUCUGGAAGCAAGAGGCUGAAGGCGCCAUUUAUCAUCUUGCCAGUAUUUUAUUUGUAGUAGGUUUCAUGGGUGGCAGUGGAUUCUUCGGGCUCCUUUAUGUCUUCAGUUUGCUGGGGUUGGGUUUUCUCUGUUCUGCUGUCUGGGCUUGGGUAGAUGUGUGUGCAGCUGACAUAUUUUCCUGGAAUUUUGUACUGUUUGUCAUCUGCUUCAUGCAAUUUGUUCAUAUUGCCUAUCAAGUUCGCAGCAUAACCUUUGCCCGAGAAUUCCAGGUGUUGUACAGCUCCCUUUUCCAGCCUUUGGGGAUCUCUUUGCCUGUCUUCAGAACGAUUGCUUUGAGCUCUGAAGUGGUUACUUUGGAAAAGGAGCACUGUUAUGCCAUGCAGGGGAAAACCUCCAUUGAUAAACUCUCCCUGCUUGUUUCAGGAAGGAUCAGAGUGACAGUUGACGGCGAGUUUCUGCAUUACAUUUUCCCCUUUCAGUUCCUGGAUUCUCCUGAGUGGGAUUCACUGAGACCCACAGAGGAAGGCAUUUUUCAGCUUAACAAUAUUCCAUUGGCCAUUUAUACCACAUUUUCUUCAUCUAUUCAACUGACGAUGGACACUCUGGUUGAUUCUGUACUCUGUAUUUUGGCUUUUAUGAACAGUACUGCAUGGUGGUGCACGUAUCUCUUUGAUGUAUUGUGGUCAAAUUUUUGAGUACUUACCCAGGAGUGGAAUUGCUGGAUCAUAUGGCAAGUCUAUUUCUAUUUUUUUAAGAAAUUUCCAGGGUCAGUGCUGUGGUAUAGUAGGCUAAGCAUCCACCUGCAGUGUUGGCAUCCCAGAUGGGCACCGGUUUGAAUCCCAGCUGCUGCACUUCUGAUCCAGCUCUGGCUUGGGAAAAUAGUGAAAGAUGGCCCAAGUCCUUGGGCCCCUGCACCCUCAGAGGAGGCCCAAAAGAAGCUCUUGGCUUCGGAUGAGCCCAGCUCCAGCGUUGCAGCCAUUUGGGGAGUGAACCAGUGGAUGGAAGAUCUCUCUCUGUGUCUCCCUCUGUCUGUAACUCUGCCUCUCAAGUAAAUAAAUAAAUCUUAGAAGGAGAGAGAGAGAGAAAGAGAGAGAGAGAAAGAUUUCCCAUUGUUUUCCACAAUGGCUGCACUAAUUUACAUCCCCACUAACAAUGUAUAAGUGUUCCCCUUUGUCCACAUUGUCACCAGCACUUGUUAUUCUGUCUUUUGGAUAACAGCCAUUCUGACAGGGGUGAGGUGAUGUCUCAUGGUCACAUAAACCUAUUUAUUAAUUCCAUUUUUCAUGAACUUCCUGCAAUACCCUCCCUCAGACAUCUUUAACAUUAGCCAACCUUAUUUUUUGAAUAUCAAGUAGCAUUUUCUCCAAUAAAAUAUAAAAUAUAGAUACUUGAAUUUAGGAGAAGAGAUAAAAAUUGGAGGUGGGCAAACAUGGUGAUUUUUCAUAAAAUAAAUUAUAUACAGUAAUAAUUUGUAAUUUAUUUUUCUAUUUUUACAGUAUUUUUGUGAGUUAGUAAGCUUUUUUAAUCUUAAAAGGAAACAAAUGAAAUUCAUUUAAAAUUGGUGACAGGAAAAGUAUGG